UUCACCUUUUUUUUUUUAAUUUCUCUAUCUGAGCUCUUGUUUUUUCUCUUGUACUAGCUGUAUUUCUUAGAUCACAUUGUUCUCUACUUUCAUUCCUGCUGAACUAAUACAGCUAUCUUUAGCUUUAGAGGUCCUAAUUUCUUGGGUGUUUUGAACAGAAGCUGGCUAGUAAAGCGGAUUGGAGGCAUUAAGAUCAUGGGUUGGUUUUUAUUUUCUGUUGGGUUGGUUUCAUUGUGUUCAAUGGUGUGUACAGUGAGUGGCAUUGGUGCCAACUGGGGUACACAGUGCAGUCACCCUCUGCCUCCAGAUAGUGUAGUGAAGUUGCUGAAGGAUAAUGGGUUUCGAAGGGUUAAGCUUUUUGUUGCAGAUAAUGAUGCAUUGAGAGCUCUAGGUAAAUCUGGGAUUGAGGUCAUGGUUGGGAUUCCUAAUGAUAUGCUUCCAUCCAUGGCCAGUAGUGUGAAAGCUGCUGAGAAAUGGGUUGCCAAAAAUGUCUCCACACAUAUCACCACCAAUUAUGUCAACAUCAGGUUUGUUGCAGUUGGAAAUCAACACUUCUUGGAAACCUACAAUGUAAGCUUUCUCAAAACAACCUUCCUUGCUCUGCAGAACGUCCAAAUUGCCCUGAUAAAAGCUGGUCUUAGCGGCACAGUAAUGGUUACAGUCCCCCUUAAUGAUGAUGUUUAUGAGAGCUCAACUGGCCUGCCUUCUGGUGGUGACUUCCGAGCCGACAUACGCGACCAAAUGCUUGCCAUUGUCAAGUUUUUGAUUUACAAUAAUGGGGUCAUUGCCGUGAACAUCAAUCCAUUUAUAAGUCUCUACACCGAUCCAAACUUCCCUAUUGAGUUUGUCUUCUUUGAUAAAAAGGCUACACCUAUAAACGAUGGUGGGAAGACCUAUUACAAUAUGUUCGAUGCAAACUAUGACACACUUGUGUGGGCACUAAACAGGAAUGGUUUUGGAAAUUUGCCAAUCACAGUUGGAGAAAUUGGUUGGCCAACUGGUGGGGAUCAAAAUGCUAAUAUAGAGUAUGCUAAGCGGUUCAACCAAGGUUUUUUGACCCAUAUAUUGGGCGGGAACGGGACCCCGAUGAGACCUGGGAUGAUUGAUGCGUACUUGUAUAGUUUGAUUGAUGAGGAUGCUAAGAGCAUUGAUCCAGGAAGUUUUGAACGCCACUGGGGGAUUUUUAAUUGUGAUGGGUCAGCAAAAUACCAGCUUAAUGUGAACUUUGUGGACCGCAAGCGGUGUGUGACAAAGCCAUCAACGAAACUUGAUGACCAACAAGCGGCACCAAGUGUGGGAUAUGACUGUGGACUUGCUGAUGGCACUAGCCAUGGUUAAGGUCCUUCCUAAAUAGAGGAUUGGGUUAAGUAUGUGUUUUUGCUUUUACUUCUAUCUGUCUGUCUAUCUCUAUGUCUACGUAUAAAUCAAAACAAUACUAUUUUGGACAAUA